AUGCGUUUUUUAGCCAGCGAUGCCAACUGUCUACUCAAGCGAAGCUUUCAGGGUUACAACGAAGAGUGGCGCCCGCCUCCCUUGGCUGCUGCUGCCAUUUUAAGUUUAAGUCCCACAGCUUCGAAUGCUACCAACGAGGCACAAAUGGCUGACAAACCGGGACGUCGACGAUGGAUGCACCUUUUCAAGGCAUUUCUUCGGGCGUGUCAAGUGACUCUGGUCAUGAGCCCACUACUGGCGACGUUGCCUAUUGUGUAUGUGACGCGUCAUAUAUUUCCCCGGCUUCGUCGUGGAUGGUGGGCUUGCGCCCUGUGGUCUAUCGAGGCUCUGGGCCCCUGCAUGGUCAAGUUCAUGCAAUGGGCAAGCACCCGCCGGGACAUUCUUGCGCCUGAAGUGUGUGACCUCUUGGAACCAAUUCAGUGGCAGACUCGCCCUCAUACGUGGGCGCAGACCAAGCAAGCUUUGAGCACGCUUCGCGCUGACUGGGCCGAUGUUCUGUGCAUUGACACAGAUAAAUCGGCUAUGGUGGGAUCGGGCUCUGUGGCUCAGGUGUAUCGUGCCACAACCACUGCGCGGCUUGCUGACGACGCAAGAGACGCCACAGCACCGCCCCCGGCGCCCCGUGUGGUGGCCGUCAAGGUGAUUCACCCUGGGGUAAAGAGACAGAUCGAGGCCGACUUGGAGCUUCUGCGGAUAGGGGCAUGGCUGGUGGAGGCGACGGGUCAUUUGCAGUGGUGGAGUGUGUGUGAUUUUGUGGAGGAGUUCGCCCAGAUCAUGCACAAGCAACUGGACUUACGCUGCGAAGCAGAAGCCCUGGAUCGCUUUCGCGCCAAUUUCGCGGGCCGCACCGACAUCAUGUUUCCCCGUCCUUCCUGGCCUCUGGUUAACGAGUUUGUCUUAGUUGAGGACUACGUAAGCGGUGUCCCGAUUUCGAAUAUAUUGAAGGAUCCCGCCUGGCCGGUGCAGGAGAAGAAGGCGAUCGCUCGUUCCGGCCUUGACGCCUUUUUGAAAAUGGUGUUUCUUGACAAUUUUGUUCAUGGAGAUUUGCAUCCAGGGAACAUAUUUGUGCGGCACGACACGGAGGCUCACAAGGCCAAGCCACAUUUAACGUUCAUCGACGCUGGGAUCGUGACAGAGCUGACGCAACAGGAUCGCCGGAAUUUUGUGGAUCUUUUCUAUGCCAUCGCUACGGGUCAAGGGGAAGCGGCGGGACGGCUUAUGAUCGAACGGUCCCGACGCCAUGAGUGCCAAGACCCUGAGGGCUUCUGCCGGGGUAUCUCGAGAAUCGUGGAGGAGGCGACAGCGGGGCAGCACUUGCGGUUGGGGAAGAUCCGCGUCGGCUUCUUGAUCCAGAAAGUAUUGGCCCUGUGUAUCCAGUACAAGGUGAAACUGGAAAGCAAUUUUGCGUCCAUUUUGCUGGCGAUUGGAGUUCUGGAGGGCGUGGGUCGAAGCUUGGACCCUGAGCUGGACAUCUUGGCCGCGGCAACCCCAGUCAUUUUAAAAAGCCGGUACUUUCAAACCAAAAAAGAAGAUUAG